AUGACUGUGGAUAAGGGCACAGGAGACAAAAUGGAGUUCAGGUAUCACUAUGACCAGGACAGAGGCUUCUGCCUGCCCUUCUACUACAAAGGAGAGGGGGGCAAUGACAAUCGUUUUGAGACGGAAAGAGCCUGCAUGGAAGCUUGCUCUUCAAAGUCUGCUGAGGUGUAUCCGAAGGAUAAUGAAAAUUUAUGUCGUCUUCCUAAGGAACAUGGCAGUUGUAUGGCCAUGGUUGUAAUGUUCUACUACAACCAUGAGGAAAAGGCAUGUCGGACAUUUCAUUACGGAGGAUGUCAAGGAAACGGCAAUCGCUUCGCAACCAGAGAGGAGUGUGAAAGCACUUGUCGAGCGGCAUCCGGACGGGGUUUUUCAGCAGAGAGGGGCCCAAGCCCUGACGAAAAAACAGCUAAUAUAGGUUUGAUUGUGGGCAUCGUGGGAGGUUGUGUGUUUGCAGUUGCAGUGAUCGCUGCUGUUGUUCUAUUUGUUGUCCAGAGGAAGGCCAAGACCAAAGACAGGAAGAAAGUGCCAACUGAGGUCGAGAUGAACUGACCCAACGAUUCUUGAGUCUGAAGUGACAUCUACUAAAAAAAUGUUUCCGAGUCCUUUUGUAUUAAUGCUUCCAGU